AUGUCUCAACAAACCCUCAGUGGCAUCCUCGUUGCCCUUAUCACUCCAUUCACAGAUGACGGCAAAGACAUCGAUGCAACGUCAUUGGGUACUCACAUUAACACUCUGAUUAAGGCUGGCAUCCAUGGUUUGGUACCUGGAGGCAGCACUGGAGAGUUCACCACGUUGAGCACCCCAGAACGGAAGAAACUCCUCGAAAUCUGUGUCAAGUCGGCUGCCGGCCGUGUCCCCGUUGUUGCAGGCAUCGGCGCUCUAUCUACCAAUGACGCCGUUGAUCUUGCAGUGCACGCCAAAAACACCGGUGCUGCAGCGUUGAUGAUUGUACCACCCUUUUACGAUGCCCCAAAUCUCCAACAACUGGAGGAAUAUCUUGGAGAAAUACACGCCGCAUCAAAGCUUCCCAUCGUUUACUACAACAUCCCCGCGGCGACCGGCAUAAACCUAUCACCACAACAACUGGCUGGUCUGAGCAAAUUCGGCGUGAAGUAUCUGAAGGACACCUCAGGGAACGCACCAGCUUUGACUGAGUUGCUGUUUGGACUUCAGGACCAAAUCACUGCAUUCAACGGUUGGGACACGUUGACGUUCUACGGUCUGUGUGCCGGUGCAAAAGGAGGUGUUUGGGGAGCCACCAACAUCAUCCCUGAUCUGUCCAUGCAGCUAUGGGAUGCUGUUGCUGUGCAGGGUGACCUUGUUGAAGGGAGGAAGCUAUGGGCCAAGAUCUGGCCAAUUUGCAAGUUUUUGGAGUCUCAUAACUACGCUGCUGCUGUGAAGACGGGGAUGGAACUUGUCGGUCUCAAAACAGGAGGGCUUCGCAAACCUUUCGGUCUGCUCGAACCAGCCCAUAAGAAGGAAUUGGCUGGUCUUCUCCAGCAAGCCGGUGUUGCUAUGGCAUGA